ACACUCCGGCAGUGUUGCUCGAGGCACAGACGGGAAAGGUUCUCCUCGUCGUGAUUUCCAACAUUCCUCAUAUUUGUCAACCGCGCCACAGGAUUUGCAUUCACGGUCUUUAUUUGCAUUAGCCUUUCCCGCACAAAAGAACAAUGUCGGCGAUUUACCGAGCAGUGAUCCGUACGGCGGAUAAAUUCGUUCCUCCCAAAAUGCAGCCGCUGUGGAACCAUCCCGCAGGUCCAAAGACAGUUUUCUUCUGGGCUCCUUGCUUCAAGUGGGGUCUUGUCAUUGCUGGCCUGGGAGACCUGACAAGGCCAGCUGAAAAGCUGUCAGCAUCACAGUCCUCUGCCCUAGCAGCUACAGGGAUUAUCUGGUCGAGGUAUUCUUUGGUGAUUAUCCCUAAGAACUGGAACCUGUUUAGUGUUAAUAUGUUCGUCGCUGCUACUGGUCUCUACCAGCUCUUCCGUAUAUACAACCAUCGAAGGAGUAAAGCAGCAGAAGCCGGUACUGCUUGAGCUCACUGGAUUUUUUGUUUCCAGUAUAUCCCAUUGCUCACAGACACUGUGCAUUACUUAUCAUUAAAAAAAACAUAAAACAAUAAGUGCUGAGAAUAGGAAGCUGAAUACUCUUUGGGACUAUAUACUGUUUGUGGGAAUUCAAUGGCAAAACCGUACUAACUAUGUUGAUUAUAUCUAUCUCUAUAUAUAUAUGGAUCUGUAUAUGUACAGCAAACAUUAAUUUGUUUAUAUGAAAUUUUAGAUACAGAAUAAAGGUGAAAAAUAUUAA